UCUGUAUGAUGGGAGCAAGUCUUUAAAAACUUACAGUUUUAAUCAUGCUCAGACAUGAUUUUGGACCUGCUAAAAAUGGGCCUGGAAGACUCAUGCAACUCACUUCCUGCAGUCUUCAUGUGUGGAGUUUGCACUUGUGAAUGUAGGUUUAGAGUUUCCAUAUGACUGAAUUAUUGAGAGUUUUUCCAGAACUUGGUUUCUUCUUCCAGCUGGGUCAGGAAAUGUGCUAUGGAAGUUGGCCGUGUUGUCUGGGGUUCCUGGACUUGCAUUCUUAACCUGUCUGCUUUGCUGCUUCUCUAUGAUGUCACAAACCGAGCAUCCUUUGACAACAUUCAGGCUUGGCUGACAGAAAUCCACGAAUAUGCAAAGCAAGACGUGGUCCUUAUGUUGCUGGGAAACAAGGUGGAUUCAACCCAAGACCGAGUGGUGAAAAGAGAAGAUGGGGAGAAAUUAGCAAAGGAAUACGGGGUGCCGUUUAUGGAGACCAGCGCCAAGAGCGGAUUGAAUGUGGACUUAGCGUUCAUGGCCAUCGCCAAGGAGCUGAAACACCGGUCCAUGAAGCUGCCCAAUGAGUCCCGGUUCAGACUGCACGACUACGUCCGGAAGGAGGUGAAAGGCACUGGCUGCUGCCGCUCAUAGACUCUCUCUCGGGGGUCCUGACCAGACCCCACCCCCCCUCAAGGAGACUUGCCACAAGCAGCCCAUCCUGCCUGCUGCAACCAUGUCUGCCCCUCUUGUUCUCCUCCUUCCUGCUGCACAAGCUCUACAACUCUCUUCCUUGUGUCUUCUUGUCUUUGUCCAGCUGAAACUCUGGAAGGAUAAAUGGAGGGGGGGUGGCAGCUUCCUUUUCUUCCCCGGGGGCAGGCAGUUGGUUUCCCAAGAGGUUAGGAGCAGCAACGGACAAUCUGAAUGCAGACAGGGCCUUUGGGGGUGGGGAAGGGAGAGGUUUGUGCAGUCUCAUGUUCUGCACAAGUGCCCCCCAACGGGAGUGGGGCCACAGGGGAGCUUCCCCUAAGUCCUUGCCAGGGAGGGUCCAGUUGCCGUGGAUUGACUUAAUAUAGCGACUGUUUAUGUGGGACUUCAGCUCCUUUCAUCAUUACUGCCUCAACGAGUACCCAAACACGGGGAUUUAUUUUUUUAAAUGAUCCAACUUAAAUGUUUGGUGUGUGCUGUUGCUCAAUUUUUCAAACACAUUUUUUUUUCAAAGCACCCAAACUCAAUGAUUCUCCUUGGCUGUCGUUUGCUAGCCAUCCUGUCCACAGGGCAGAAUAAAAUGUUCCCUCUGCUCUA